GGUGGGUCAAGAGCAGACGGGAGGGAGAGAAGGUAGGAGCCCCGGCCUCGAUCCCUGGGCUCCCUCCCAGCCCCACACCGUCCAGCCCCAUGGUCCCCGCCGCCGGCGCGCUGCUCUGGGUCCUGCUGCUGAGUCUGGGGUCCCGGGCGGCGGCGGGGGCCCGAGGCCUGACUUCGACCGGGACGACCGGGACUCGGCCGGUCAGUUUCCGCUUCCAGGGCCCAAAGACCCGCAACUACCCGUCCACCGCCCUGACGGCUGCCUCCCCGAAGAGGAGGGUAACGAUGGAGGAUGAGGACGACAUCGUGGCCACUGCCGACCGCCUGGCAGGCCCAGCAGCUGCGGAGCUCUUGGCCUCAACGGUGUCCACGGGCGUCAGUGGGUCGCGGUCGUGGGAGCAUGAGGAUGAGACUUUGGAGGAAGGGGUUGUGAUUCAAGCCGAUAAGAAAAGCACCAGAUCGGAGGUUCCCAGUACGCUUUCCAGUUCCGUUCCCAGUACAGCGGUGGGGUCCAGCUCGAGGUUCCCCGCGAAUAUCCAGGAGCCGGAAUACAGGCUCUCCACAAGCCUGCCGCGCUCCAGCUGGAGGUCCACUGAGGACCUGGCGCUCGCCGACACGAGCCUCACCCAGUGGACAACAGCAGGGGCCACCCCACAGCGCUCCUCACGACCCUCGCCCACAGCCAUGCCACCUCCGGAGGAGCUUCGGGUGAUGCUAAUGCCCUGGGGCCCAUGGCACUGCCACUGCAAGUCAGGCACCAUGAGCCGGACCCGCGCAGGCAAGCUGCAGGGCCUUUCGGGGCGUCUCCGAGUUGGGGCGCUGAGCCAACUGCGCACGGAGCACCGGCCUUGCACCUAUCGUCAAUGUCCCUGCGACCGGCAUCGUGAGGAAUGCCCCCUGGAUUCAAGCCCCUGUUCUGAUGCCAGCUGCACCACCCAGCCCACCACCACCAGCACCACCAGCGCCACCACCAGCCCCCUGCCUCCCCUCAGCAGCAGACUCAGACCCACGCCCAUGCACUUGUUCAGCCCCAGCCCCGCCCUUGCUUUCUGGAGGCGGGUCAGGAUAGGGCUGGAGGAUAUUUGGAACAGCCUCUCUUCAGUGUUCACAGAGAUGCAACCAAUAGACAGAAACCAGAGGUAAUGGCCAUUUGACCUACAAGAGGAGGUGUCGGCAUCUCAAUCUCUCCUCCCUUUUCAAUCCCAGCACCCACCGGAUAUUUUUAGUACAGAAAAACAAAACUAGAAAAAACAUUGUUUGGUCUCCUGUCUUUUUACAGAGGUAUCUGUGGAAGGAGAGACCGCCAGUCUCGUGGACCCUAAAACUGAACUGUGAAGCUAGCAGCGUGUGGCUUGGGCCC